UGCAACGAUCAGUUUUGUAGCGCAGCUGAAAACGAGCUGAUCGGCGGAUCGGAAGAAUAAAUUCAUUUAAGUAACUUUUCAGCUUGGAACUGCAGAUAAGAGAAAUGGCGAGCAAAGCCACAAUCCUUCUCCUGACAAUAGGUCUCCAUAUGGCUGCCCAGACACUGGCACAGGAAUACAUUGAUACCUGGUUACCACGUAAUAACUUUCCUCAAGGACCACAGCUGGGCACUCGAGCACUGCCAAACAACCGGGGGUCACAGAACGGCAACAUCAACAACAACAACAAUAACAACAACCACAGGAACAACCAACAAGCCCUGAGCGAUGUGGAGGAGGUAAUGUUCAACGAAAAACAGCCGACCACCACGCCACCCAAUCGCCCGCCACCCACCUUCAGCUACAUGGACCGCUUCAGCGCGAAGCUGUUCCAUAAAGUCGUGAGACCUCAGGGUCAGCGUAAUGUGGUCUUCUCGCCGUUCUCCGUGCACUCCCUGCUGGCCAUGAUCUACGGAGCUUCGGAAGGAAAGACCUUCCGCGAACUGCAGGAGGGCGGAGAGUUCAGAAAGGACAGUAUGAAAGUGUCCCAGGACUUCGAGAGAGUGCUCAAGUUCAAGGAGCACAUAGACGAUGCAGAUCUGAGCCUGGCCACCAGGGUCUACUACAACCGAAUGCUGGGGGGCGUUAAUCGCAGCUACGAUGACUAUGCCAAGUUCUACUUUAGCUCCGACACGGAACCCGUUGACAUGCAGAACGGGAAGGACACAGCGGCCAGGAUCAACGCCUGGGUGUCGGACGCCACACGGAACAGGAUCCGGGAGUUAGUCGCACCCAAUGACAUUGACUCCCAGACACAGGCCCUUCUGGUGAACGCCGUUUACUUCAAGGGGCGUUGGGAGCGCGAGUUUGCCACCAUGGACACGCAGCCCUUCGAUUUCCACCACUCCGACGGAAGAACUUCCAAGGUGGCCAUGAUGUACAACGACGAUGUGUACGGCCUGGCCGAUCUGCCCGAACUGGAUGCCACUGCCUUGGAACUGGCCUACAAGGACAGCAGCACCAGCAUGUUGAUCCUGCUGCCCAAUCAGCCCAACGGUCUGGCAAAUCUUGAGCAACUAUUGUCUCGUCCACAAUUCGAUCUCAACCGCAUCUCCUACCGCCUGAGUAGACAGCCAACCCGUGUGUACCUGCCCAAGUUUAGGAUCGAGUUCGAGCAGGACAUGACGGAGCCCCUGAAGCAGCUGGGCAUCCGCCAGAUGUUCUCGCCCAGCUCGCAGGUGACUAAAUUGCUAGACCAACCGGUGCGAGUGAGUAGGAUCCUGCAGAAGGCCUUCAUCGAUGUGAGCGAGGCGGGAACCGAGGCCUCGGCAGCUUCCUAUGCCAAGUUUGUGCCACUGUCGCUGCCUCCGAAGUCCAAGGAGUUCAUUGCCAACCGACCCUUCGUCUUUGCCCUCCGAACCCCCAGCUCAGUGCUCUUCAUGGGUCACGUGGAGUUUCCCACGCCGAUGACCGAAAGAAAUGAGCCAAUAGUAGAAGGUUAUAGGAAUUCUUGGCAUUUCCCAAACAUGAUCCACUGGCGACUACUUUCCGGCCUGCUUGUGGGCCUGGCCAUAGCGCCAUCGUUUCCAGUCGACGGAGAGCUCUCGGCCAGAUCGGCAGCCAGUGCCUCGAAUCAACGCUUUGGCCUACGCCUAACCACCAAAUUGGGCCUGAGCCAGCCAGAUACAAAUGUGGUGGUUUCCCCCCUGCUGAUACAGGCGGCACUGAGUCUGCUCUAUGCGGGCAGUUCCGCGGACUCCGGAAGGGAACUCCGGCAAGCUCUGGAGCUGACCCAUGCAAUGGCUCCGAAACUAGCGGUCCAGGACAUCCAGGGACUUUUGUCGGACCUAAAGCAGUCGGCUGCUGUUGGCUGUCGCUUGAGGUUGCUCAGCGACUUCUACGCCCAGCAACGCUUCACCUUCAACUUCCGAGAUGAUUUUGAGGCGUUGGCCUCGCGACUGGGUGUUGGCUGCCACCGAUUGUAUUGGGAAACAGCCUCGAGUGCGGCCCAGGAGAUCAACUACUCCUUCCUCAGCCGCAGCAACUUCAGCCUCGGAGAGCUCGUCACUGCCUCGCAGCUGGAGUCCUUGGCCGAGCACAACACGCCCUUCUUACAUAUUUCCGGAAACCGUCCCAGACUGGUGGAUGCCAUGUUUGGCCAGCACCGCUACAGGUACGCCGAGGUGCCCGCUCUGGAUGCCCAACUCAUAGAGGUGCCCUUUGCCACUGCCGAUCUCAGCAUGCUCAUUGUGUUCCCAAACCGUGCGGAUGGCCUGGCCCAACUGGAGAAGAAGUUGGCCCAGUCCGAUCUCCAUCAGCUGAGGGGCCAGCUCCAGGAGCGCAAGGUGGCCCUCACACUGCCCAAGUUCAGAGUUUUGGUCCACUCUGCACUGAAACGAGUGCUGGAAGAGUUGGGACUGGCGAAGCUGUUCACAUCAGAGGUCCAGCUGACCUUUGGGGAUCUAUUCCGACGAGCCCUGCCCCUGGUCAUCAAUCACCCGUUCUUCUAUGCCAUCGGCAAUGACAAGACCCUGCUGCUGGCCGGCCACAUCGAUCGGUAUUUGAUUUCGGAUUUCGGGGCCCGAGAGUUGCGACUCGCGUCUAAGUCUGACUUGGAACAGCUUGUAAGGCCGCUCGGCGAUCGCCGCGAUUUCAGUACACAUUCCGACGAGCUCCGAGAAUCUCAAAAGCGAAUCAAGCGGACCAGGAGACGCCCAUCAACAAUUUAUGUGACGACCAUGGCUGUCAUCAUCAGCUGCCUAUUACUUCUUGUGGCGUCAGUGUCGCAGGCCAAAACCUUGGGGUACGAUGCCGCUGGCGAUCGUAACUUGCUGGCCGCCGAUCUCUACAAUGCCGUGGGUGCCGACCACCUGAACGAGAAUCUGGUCAUAUCGCCGGCCACCAUCCAGAGCUCCAUGGCACUGGCCUUCGUGGGGGCCAAGGGUCAAACGGCUUCGGAGCUUCAGCAAGGACUGCGACUCGGACCAGGGGAUGCGGAUGCGGUGAGCCAGCGGAGUGGUAGCUACCAGCAGUCACUGACGCGCGACAACAACUUCCGACUGGCCAACAAUAUCUACAUCAACGAGAACCUGGAGUACAAGGGAUCCUUCCGGGACGUGGCCCAGCGCCAGUUCGACUCGAACAUCGAUAAGCUGGACUUCCAUCCGCCGUACAACAAGCGCACGGCUGACGGCAUCAACAGGGCUGUGGCCACCAAGACCAACGGAAAGAUCACUGACAUCCUCCGCCCAGAGUUGCUCAACGACCGCACCGAGGGUGUAAUCGUGAACGGGGUGUCCUACUCCGCCGCCUGGCAGAAAGCCUUCAGGCUGGACAAGACCGAGAAGCGCUCCUUCCGCACUGGCAGUGGACAGUCUGUCAAGGUAGACACCAUGUGGACACUGCAAAACUUCAACUACGCCGAGGUUAACUCUCUGGACGCCAAGGUCGUGGAGCUGCCCUACCAGAACUCCGACUUCUCCAUGCUGUUGUUGCUGCCGAAUCGCAAGGAUGGAUUACGAGCCCUGCAGCAGUCGCUGUCCGGGAAGAAUCUGCUGGCCGAGAUCGGAGCUAUGAGCCAGCACAAGGUGGAGGUGCUGCUGCCCAAGUUCAGCGUUACCUUUGGCGUGGGUCUGGAGGGACCGUUCAAGAAGUUGGGCGUCCACACGAUGUUCUCGAGGGACGGCGACUUCGGCAACAUGUACCGCAUGUUCGUUAGCCAUUUCAUUAACGCAGUGGAGCACAAGGCCAACGUGGAGGUGACUGAGGCGGGAGUGGAGCAGCCCCUGGAAAGUGGAUUACUGAAGGGUCUCUUCUCGCGCUCCAAGAAGUUCGAGGCGGAUCAUCCGUUUGUGUUUGCCAUCAAGUACAAGGACUCGAUCGCCUUCAUCGGACACAUUGCCAACUACGCCUAUGUCUGAGGACAGACGGAGGUGCAGAGUUGAUUAAUCUGUUAAUCAUUUUGUUUAUAGCAGCCAAAUGUUCCGCAAUCCCAAAGCAAAAUAUAAGCUAAAUGCAAA